UAAAUUUAGUUUCCAUCUGCCGUACCGAUACGGCGUUGAACGGCACAGUAGUAACGUUGCCAUAUGUAUCCCGGGGAAAGCAUGCCGCGAUCAUGUCGGCCACGACCAAGACUAGCGGCUCACAGGCUGACAUACUACUAAUAAGUACCAGCAUUACCUACUUAAGCUGUGCCAGCUGAGUCUUGGCAUGAGGCAAGAUAUCGACGCCACAGACCACUAAAUGAGCGGUGCAUAGUGCUCUCUGUGCCACACGUCGUACUCUCUGCUAAUGGGAAUAAUGCCCUUCACAUAACUCGUAUGUUUGCUAAAGAAAGCCAUUAUGUACUUUUUUAUCAUGUACACAACUUCGUGUUGAGAGUCGUUGGGCUUUGCCUCCACAAGAGCGAAUAUCGUAGAGGCUCAGAUCUAUGCGCGCCACGUCCGUUGGGCUCUACAUUAUUUGCGUUCUCUCUCAUCUCAUCAUCAGCAUAUCCAACUCAUCCAACAGACUCAUCUUCAAAAGCAUCCUUCAACCAACUCCUCAAUCUUCUCACCAUCUUCACCGAUAAAACCAACCCCUUACCACAUUCAAAAUGCAGGUCACCAGCUUCCUCACCAUUGCUUUCGCCAGCGUGGCGCUUGCCCAGAAGAGCCCCUCCAAGAUUCCGGUGGCUCUGAUCACCGUCGAGGCUUCCCGCGGCGGAGCUGGCCACGCUAAGAACUCCACGGACAUCGUCCGAGUUAACAUCGGCGCCGAUGGUGCCACCGAGGAUCAGUUCCCUGUCCUCAAGGAGGUUUCUACCCUCUACCUGACUGGUGCUGAGGGUGUCUCGGUCGACAACAUCGUCUGCACUCCUUUCAGGCCCGGUGGUGCAACUGCCCCUACCUUCACCAACACCAAGCCGGUCAGACUCUCGCUCAACACCGUUGAGGUUUCCAAGAUCGAGUGCCGGGGCUCCUAAGCACCUUAGCUGAUGAGCCUUUUUGGUCUACUGGACCAUCUAUAAUAAGGGGCAUCUAACUUUGCAUUGCAUUUCAUCGGCGAAGGUCAAUUUUUUAGAGAUGGGAGAUAGGGUUAGAUAUUGCAUUUGAUCAUGAGUCUCAGUGGCAAGAGGAGAGAGUGAGGAGGGUGAGAAAGGAGAAGGGGGGAAAACUAAGCAUUGCAUCGGUGUUGCGUGAUACUCUCACAACGCAUUGGUGCUUUGCCUUAUCGUUCAGGUCACUCCUUUCAGAAAAUUUAAUAGAGAGAGAUUUGCAUCACCUUUUUGACUUGUUUUGCUUGUGAAGUUUUUGAUUUACUGCUAUGCAAUUGAAGUCCCAUGCUUGAAAUAUGCAUGGCACUAUACUAAAGAUGGGUGUAAGAGGUGUAAAUAAUGAUGGGUGUAAAAGGUGU